AAGGACUUUGAAUCUAGGCGCGACGUUUCUUUAUUUACGAUGCUUGCGGCCGUUCGACACGUCCGCAGGGAGUUGUCGGGUGCCGGUGGAUCCCAUGAGGUGACGGUUGACACCAGGGUCACGGAGAUGGGGUACCGGUGGCUACGGUUCACUCUCAUCGCCACAAACGUCGUAGUGUGGUUGCUUGGGUUGUCGCUCCUCGUGGCUGGCUGUCUCCUCAUAGUGGACCAAGACGUCAAGGAGGUCACACAUAACUUUGACAUUUUUGACAACUACCGAGUGGCAGGGGUGUUUACGAUCGUCGUUGGCACCUGUCUUUCCUGCGUCGGUUUUCUGGGCUGCUGUGGGGCCCUCUUUCUGAACGGAUGCCUCCUGCUCACGUACAUCAUGCUGAUGGCCGUAUUUCUGGUGCUGGAAUUCACCGUCAUGGGACUCGUAUGGAAACACGCCAACGUUUAUGAGCUGGAAGAGAACGUGUCUGAAGCUUUCCGCAAGCUCAUCCUCAAGUCUCGCAACGGUAUCUUUGCUGUGGAGAUGUUUCUCGACCGGGUGCAGCAGGAUCUCAAGUGUUGCGGUGGGCACGGCCCGGAUGAUUACAUCCUGCUAGAGAUGGACCGCUCAGCGGGAUGCUUCUACUAUACAUCGGGCGAAGUCGUCACAUACUCACAGGGCUGUGGCAAGGCGGUGAGCGAUUUCCUUAUGGGGAAGAGCCUCGCCAUUGGACUGGUCUGCCUUUUCAUCAUACUUAUUCAGCUUUUCGCAGUGGGAUGUGCAGUGUACUUAUACUUGGACCAGAGGAAUAAGAAGCCCACUCCCGUUUAAUGCCAUGACUAGAGGUGUGUGCGGGUGCGGUUAUAUCUCCGGAUCUGCGAGAAUAUCUGCAUGACAUCCUGGUUUGUGGAUAGAAAUAUACUGUUUUGAAAUCCGAGUGGAUAUCUGCGGAUCUUAUAUAUGCGCGGAUAGCGUGAGGAUGUGGAUGUCAACGCUGUAUCUGCGUCCGAAUCUACCCAUGACUCUUCAUUUUCUCUCUACAUGGUCUACAUGAACCAGUAAAGGUCUCUACGGGACAACUCUCCAGUUAUGUGACACAGUGUACACAGUUUGUAAUAAACUUCGUGACGAAGAAGUC